AUGUCAGGACGAGAUAAGACCACCACACAUCAUGGAAAUGAUAGUGAGGAUUCAUUGAUCGAGGCAUUUGAAACUACUUUAACCAUCAAACCUAGCACCACCGAAUAUGAAGAUAAUGACAUAUCCAUCGACCAUACUGUCUUGCCUAACUCAACAUUAAACUAUACUCGAGAUACAACGAGUAUGGUUGAUAUUGAAGAGUUGGAAGAGAAUGAACAACUUGAAGAGCAAAUACCUAAAUUCAAAACCAAUAGAAGGUAUAGCUUACUCCCAACAAAGACUGCAUUCAAAAAGAUUGGCUCACCGGGACUAGAAGAAUACUAUGUUCAACAAAAACUCGAUCCUAAAUUCCAUGAAAUCUUGAAACCUAGUGUACUCAUUGAUGAAAAAUUAAUUAAAUAUCAUCACACUUUUAGUGAUUUCAUUGCAUCAAACCCUCACAUAAAUAAAGAGUCGCCCCGCUUUCAACACAAUUCGGAAAAGACAUUAGUUAUUUUAUCCCCAUAUAGUCCGGAACAUGCAUUUGGUAGAAAAUGGGUAACCAAAUCAUACUUGUCAACAAUUUUCGAACGGCCACAACGUUUACUUGCAAGUUGCGUUGGUGUCGCCUCGGCAAUUACAAUGUACCCUUUUUACUAUAAACUUAUCAAUUCCACCAAAAGAAGCUCUAUUUUUGCAUCGCAUGUACGAAAGAUUCAUGGUAGAAAUUGGCCCAAGAAGUUAUUUGAAUUAUGUUUGGAAAGUCAUGAAAAGUUGAAUAAUGAUGAAAUCGAGGUUCCAGAGGAUUGGAAUACUGGUGACAUUUAUCUUACGCCAAAAACUAUUAAUGCAAUAGAAGGAGUUAUUGGCACCAUUGAGACUGCUGUAGACAGUUUGUUCAAGAACCCAUCAAGCUCGCCUAAAGCAAGUAUUGGCUCUUCAGGUAGAAGCAAUCAUGACUUGGCAUUUGUGGUGAUCCGACCACCUGGACAUCAUAGUCACGCUUGUUUACCUAGUGGGUUCUGUUUAUUGAACAAUGUACAAAUUGGGAUAGAGUAUGCGUUUGAGACUUAUGGUGUAACUCAUUGCGCUAUAUUGGAUAUAGAUUUGCAUCACGGAGAUGGCUCUCAAGAUAUAUGUUGGGAGAGAGCAGGAUUCACUGGAGAUUAUGGUCAACAAGCCGAAGAUGAAAUCGAUGACCCUUUGUUGAAUCCACGCAACGAAUACGGCAAAAGGUUCGCCACAUUCCCCAAGGUGGGAUAUUUUUCACUUCACGACAUCAAGUCGUACCCCACUGAAUUGGGGUUUGCGACAAAAGAAAACAUCAAAAAUGCAUCAACUUGUAUAAUGGAUCAUGACUUGAAUAUUUGGAAUGUUCAUUUACAGAAUUGGAAUACUGAGGAUGAGUUUUAUAAACAUUAUCAAACCAAGUAUGUGGCAAUUUUGAACCGUGCAAAUCAGUUCUUAAACAACGCCAAGAAGCAACAUGAUCAAGAAUGCGAAGAGUAUAUGACCCAGUUGAACAAAUACAAUAAGUAUUUACAGAAACCUCAUCUUUAUCCAAAUCAAAAGCCAAAGAAACCUACACCACCGCCUCCAUACAAACCUUUAAUUAUAAUAUCUGCUGGAUUUGAUGCAUCUGAGUAUGAAGAUUCACAAAUGCAGCGACACGGCAUAAAUGUGCCAACUUCAUUUUAUGCUACAUUCACCAAAGAUGUAGUAAAAUUGGCGAAAAUCCAAACCGAGGGCAAAGUGAUUUCAUUUCUUGAAGGUGGUUACAGCGAUGGUGCGUUAACAACCGGGAUAUUUUCCCAUCUUAUUGGACUAAACAACGAUGAUGAUCUUUUGUGGAAUCAUACAUGGGGAUCAGAGCAAGUAGUCAAGGAAUUGGUCAAAGGAUGCAAGAAAAAUUGGACUCCUUAUAAAAACCCAAAAAGUGAAAUCACCAUCUGGGCGAAUGAAGUUAUCAAAUUAGGACGUUCCAUGAUGCCCAAUGCAAUUUUACCGGCAAAUCACAUUUAUCGAGACCAAUCCAAAGACAAAAACACCAUCAACGGGAAGCCCAUAAAUCGGAUGGUGAAGGACCUUUUAGAUGGUGGGGUGGGGGUCAUUGACACUCCAAAACUGAAAAAAGUUGACGAUCGUGAUGAUUUUAAGAAACCUACUAGACAUACUCGAUCUUAUUACAAGACAAGCUGA